UUGGCGGUUUGUUGUUUGGGUGUUGCGUUUUCCUAAAACCGACUAAAGUUUGUUGAAUUUAGUACAAAUGUGAUAUUAAACGCAGUAUAUCUGGACUUACUCGUAUAAUACUUGUAACUUAAGUGCUUAUUUGUAGUGUUUGUUAAUUUGCUAACAGUUUGUUAAAUGUAUGUUGACAAACUCAAAACACCUUCGAAAGCUAGCAUAAGUUAGCCUACAGUGAGCUUUGUAGCUAGCGGCUAAAGCUAGCUAGCUAGGCUGGCUCUUUGACCAGUCGCCACCGGACGCUCUCACACUGCUCAGUCCAUCUCGGAAUAAUGGCGAACCUAGCAUUGCUGCAGAAAAAGAAUGGGAAGUAUCUGUGGUUUGCUCUUCUUGGGCUGGGACUUCAACCAGACACUGCAGUGUCGUCAAUCGCCGGCAAAAGCAACAUUAAUGCGAAACACAUCAACCUGGGACCGAAUAUGUUCGACAAGCCAAACAAAGAUGCCUUCUACAUAGUGAUUAAUUUCCUGCUGGAGAAACUCAACCCGUCACGAUUUAAUGAGGCAUACAGGCACUGCUGGCCUGUUUUGAACCACAAAGCAGAUGCUGAGUUCCGUAAAGUUACCUGCGCAUGGCUGCGAGAAGUAAUGGAUGAAACUGCAAAUGCAGGCUCCAAAGUGGUAGCAUCCUUGUUCCUCUCACCCGGAGGCCCCAAGUUUAUCAGCUUGAUGCUUCAUUUGGCCAAUCACGUCAUGGUGCAAGAAAUGAAGACAUUCAAGACAGAUGACAGCUGGGUUCCUGAGGCUGCAGCGAUGCCCGCUUCCUCCCUGGACAUGGCAGUGAAGAGACUCAACCUGAUCAAUACCAGGUUUUUGAACGCUGGAGUGGAGCAGGACCGUUUUCUUCACGAGUAUCAGAGACGAGCGCAGCUUCUGGUGAAGUCUAUGAGGGACAUCAGAGCAGAGGGUGCCAAGUAUGAUGAGCUACUCAAGCAUCACAGCAGUGAUUCCACACAGGAAGGAGCUUCUCUAGCUGAGAAGACCAAAAGGGUGCGCGCCCUGUGGUCAGACAUUGAUGAAAUGCUGUCAGCUAUCAAAGAGGAGCAACAUGCAGUGGAAAGUGUUUUGAAGGGGGAUGUAGAUCAAUACAUCCUGGAUGGGACGGAUCGAGUCCUCAAAAUUCCUCGCAGUCUGCUGGAGAGAAUUGAACAACUUCCUCAUCAGCUGAGCUCAGGACAUGUGUAUGAGGCAGGUCAGCUGAACCUCCUGUGUGUGUUUGAGCUGAUGAACCAUGCGCUGCAGCUCCUGAGGGAGGAGCGCUUACGGGUCUCUGACGCCCCCAAGCCUCAGCUCAAUCCUGAGCACCUGCAGGAGAAAUGUCAGCAGAUGGCUCGUGCGCUGCAGAACCUCCACCUCAUCAGACAGAGGAUGUCCAAAGAAGAAAUUCCUGAGCUCAGGAGUACCAUAAAACAGUUGGAGGCUGCCUGGGACAGGAAGUGGAUGGAUACCUUGAAAGACACACCCCUUGUCUCUUUUCUAAAUGAAGAUCCGGCCCUUGGCUUCCUCUCACCGAUGGCUCCGCUGUCUUUUGAACCAGCAGCUGACACUAGUUACAGAAGCAGUGUCUUCUCACAGUACCCUGCAACUCUUCUUGAGGAGAAGCCUGCAGAGAGUAAACCACAGGAAGGUGUUCCCCCUAGUUCUCAGCUGAAGAGCUCUUGCCCUGCAGCAGCUGAGCGGGCUGAAAGUCCUGUUGUCACCACUCACGUGCCAUCAAAGGCAAAUACCUCUCUCGACUGGUUAUUCGACACACCAUCCCCUCCUCCUCUAAGGGCUCCAUCAGAACCACCACCUCAGGCCAGUGUUAGGAAGACAGCCCUUGUUCAUCAGAAGGUGGCUCCCACGAAAACCAAGACUCAGAUAUUGGACAUGGAAUGUGAUAACCUUGCUGAUCAGUUUGCAGAUGCUGUAACAACCAGUCCCCCAGAAGGCAGGGUCAAAGGUCUGGACUUGGAUAGCCUUCUGGGUACUCUUCAAGGAGAUCCCUUCUCUACCAGAAAGCAGCUGCCACGUACACCUGAGAGCUUGAUUCUGGAUGUGAAGAACUCCUGGCGUAAGGCAGUUGAGGAAGACAGAGCCGAGAAAAUCGGCCGGUUAGCCAAGUUCAGCGACAGCAUAACAGAGCGGCUCACCCCCCUCAGCGAGCAUGUUGUGUUGCUGAGUCCUGAUGCUCCCUCCCACAGUCAGUCCUACAGUAUCACCCCUCAUGUCACAAGCCUCAGCAGCCCCCCUGUCAGCCAGCAGGGAGUCUCACUCAAAUCCUCUCUGUUGUUGGACACCUUCAGCAUCAGUGGCACGGGCAGCAGUGCCGUCCAGUUCAGCCUCGACCACGAAACACUCCCCGAAAUGUCGAGCUGCGACAGUCUACUGAGCCUCGAUGACGAAGCGGUGGAUAUGAAGAGUGAGGACGAUGAUGAGCUUCUAAUCCCCUCCCUGAAAAUGGAGGCAACGCGAUCGCCACUGAGCGCACAUCAUCAUCUGGGUCAGAAGCAGCAGGCGUGUGAUGAUGGCUCCUUCAUGGAAAGCAGGAAGAGGACACCUGAGUGUCUUCUGAUGGAUCACAGAGUAUCUGGCUUGGACAAUGACUGGUUACUGGAGCCUGCAAAGCCAGUGGAGGCCACAGACAAGGUCUUUUCACUGGACUUAGACAGACUAGAGACACCUUCACCCCCCAAAAAGCAGGAAUACAGCCUUCCAAAACUGAUUACAUUCUCCCCGAUUGAUGACAUGAAGUGUUAACUUCACUCAUACAGAAACCACUUUUCAGCCUCAACUGUCUUAAACUGUCUGCCUUGAUUUUUAAAUAGAUGUGUAACAAACAUUUGUACAUAGCUGUAAAAUAACCUACGUCUGUCUCACUAAAUUACUUUCCUGUGCUUAAGUUUAUGGCUUUUAAUUUAAAAUAAGACAUGAACUGCUUUAAUAAAAUUGUAAAGUGUCUCAUUUCCUUUUUGCUUGUGAACAUAAUUAAUAACUUCAGCGUUUUGCCUGUGCAGCACAACAUGGAGCUUAAAUGGAUCUGUAAAUCCAUUAAAAUGUUGGGCAACAGAAGCA